GUGUUCCUAAUAAUCCUUUAGGUGAGUGUAUAUGACCCCAAUUAAAUUACUGUAAAUAUUCAACAAAUAGUGUUGUUGGUGUUGCUAUAGGUAGCUUACAUGACAAAAACACCUUAAAGUGAAACAGAAUCGUGAUUACACACAUUGAUAUCAUAAUUGGGUAUAUAUUUAAUAACAUAAGAACACAUAAAUUACACCAUAUAGUAUAAAUAAUGUAAAUUCUUAUUGUGUACUUAAAAAGGAUGGCUUGCCGCCAUGUUGGAAUGAUAUAUACAACUGAUGUCACUGGAAUGGUAGCGCUCUUAUAUCAACCCCGUCAAACUGCAGGAACAAUGGAAGACUGACCCAUCGUACUUGUCCCUGUUCAUCCCUUGGCAUUUGCUUUUGAACCAAUACAUAAAUGUGUUCCUGCAGUUGUUUCAUAAGAGGCAGAACAUUUAGUUGUAUCGGAAUGUAUAGAUAACCGGUUGAACAACACUGAGAGGUGCUCCUGUCUGAUUGCACGGCAAUGCCAACAAAACUCAUAAAAAGUACUUUUCAAGAAACCAUUUACACGGUUUCUACCCUACCCUUUACUUAUGGAAGCGACUGAGAUGCUUAGAAAUAGAUUAUUCCUUGUCUGGUUUGUCAAUCCCUCUGUGUUGCCCUAGUGCAUAUCUCAAGCAUUCUUUGUUCUCAAUCUGCUCCUUUGGUAAUUCCUGGAUGGUCUUCUCUGCACUGGUUAACUAUUCCAGUCAUGAUCUCCUGCCUAAACUUGUAUUUCUUCUCUUUCCUGUUCUGGACAACAACAUACUGCUUUGCUGCCUUGGAGAACUGGUGCCUGAACUGCAGUUUCCUGUCCCUUGUAACUUCAUGAUCCCGUGCUGCAUUGCUGUUGUGGUCUAUGGCAGCCACACGAGUGGACUCCAUCAUGUUGGUUGAGGAGGGAUUCAAGAUGACUAGUGUGGACGCCAGUGACAAAAUGCUCAAAUACGCUCUGAAGGCAAGAUGGGAGAGAAGAAAAGAGGCUGCCUUUGACCAGUGGGAAAUCGAAGAGGCCAACUGGCUGACGUUAACUGAAGAUGUGCAGAAGCCAGGGGAAGGCUUUGAUGCAGUAAUCUGCUUGGGAAACUCCUUUGCCCACUUGCCAGAUUUUAAAGGGGACCAGAGUGAUCAGAAGUUAGCCCUGAAGAACAUUGCCAGCAUGGUGAAACCAGGGGGCAUCCUAAUCAUAGACCACCGUAACUAUGACUACAUUCUAGAGACAGGCCGAGCUCCCCAGGGCAAGAACAUCUACUACAAGAGUGACCUCACUCAGGACAUUACCACUUCUGUGCUGUGGGUGGACAACAAGCCUCACAUGAUUACUCUGGACUACACUGUGCAGGUGCCAGGGAACACCCAAACUGCUCCUGAACUCAGCAAAUUCCGCUUGUCCUACUACCCUCACCGUAUUGAAAACUUCAAAGAGAUUUUGAUGGAAGCCUUCCAUCGGAAGUGUGAGCACAGUGUUUAUGGCGACUUCAAGACCUAUACAACUGGUCAGAGCCAACCCCCCUGCUACUUCAUCCACGUGGUCAAGAAAAAUGCUUAAGACCCCACUCUAAUCCUUCCCAAAUUUGACAUACUUUCUCUUCCAAUCUCUCUUAUUUUCAAACUGCCUCUUAUGUUUCUGAGCCAAAACAGAAUGUAUAUACCAUAUCUCAAAUGCCCAUAUUCAUGCUGUUGAAUGCUUUUGAUUUGAUUUUCUGAAAAUAUUUUUUACUCUCCGGCAAUGCAAGCCAUCUUGAGUGGCAUAUACACUAGGACCGCCAAAUGCAUACGCCAAGUAGCAUUUGAGUUUAAAAUAAAACUGCACUUUUGAAUGCUGCA